AAGAAGGCUUUAUACACACUUCCAAAUAUUUCAAACUCUCAAAUCAAGUUUUUGACAGAAAAAGUGCGUGCAUCUAAAAAGUGUAAAAAAUGGUUAAGAAGAAGCUCAACUAUGACUUUUCACUCAAUUACAUGGAAGAAGUCAACUUCCCAACUCUUGCACAAAAACUCCUACUAUUCCACACAGACCCAGUUUGGUAUAGAUUUAUUAUUAGCGGAAUGGUGAUAGAAACUCUAAUGAUAGUUCUCUUGGCCCCACUAAACAUUAGAAUAUUCUCUCAUUAUCACUUAUUCUUUGCAAGAAUUGAUCGUAUAUUUAACACAAUGUACUUCUGUGACAUCUUCCUGAGUUUUUACCAGAAGUUUUUCUUUAAGUACAGAUACCCCUACCCUAACCCAAUUCGACGUCCAGGAAUUGUAAUAUUUUUAGAAACCAUCUCAGUCCUUCCGUAUGAAUAUCUAUUCGGUUAUUUCGUGGAAUACAAAACUGAAUACAAUUGGAAAGAAGAAAGAUAUUACAUGCUAUUAUUCACCCUGCACAUGUUAAAACUCCCAAGACUCUUUUUCCAUGUUUAUAACAAUCGACGUGAACUACACAACGAUAGCCAAACCCGCGUGCUGGAAUUAAUCGUAUUCUUAUUAAUAUUCUGUGGAUUUUUUGUUCACAUUUUACAUAUGCUUGAUUAUCUCACAACCCUUGACGAUAUCUACGAUGCAUUCGAGUUGAUCACUUGUAACGUCGCUGGACGUGGCUCAGUCAUCAAUGACGUCCGCACAAGAGAAACCGCUGUUUAUAAAUUCGAAGUUACAGCCACCAUUUUAGCAAUACUCAUGUGGACAUUCGCAAUAUAUCCAUCAACAUGUUAUAUUAUCCUGGCUUUUAUAGAGAACGAACAACACAGAUUUAAUUAUUCACAUCUCAUCGACAUGUUUCAAUUAAAAAUCUCAGAUAAAUACAGCCUGGAUGAAGAAAAAUACAAAUUAAUCACGGAUUACUUCAAAGCCAACUGGAAACUAAGCGGGGGAUUCUUCAGAGAUCAAUUUGGUUUCGCCCAAAAAUCCCUACGAGAUGAAAUCGCUAUGGAUACAUGCUGGCCGGCAUUCAAACACUCUAUGCUCUUCAGAAACGCGGAAUUUUACAUCCUCAGAGCGUUAGCUGAUAAAUUCACACGUAGAAUCCGCAUGGAAGGCGAAUACAUCUUCAGUAAAAACAAACAAAAUCUAGGUUUGAUUUAUAUUGUCGAAGGAGUCAUCGAUGUCCUCUCCGCAGAAAACAAUGAAUCUGGUAUAUUAUCAUUAACAUCAGGAACAUGCGUUGGUGAAGCAGCUUUGAUGAUCCCACAUGUGUCACCUGUGAAUUUCCGGUGUAAAACCGUUUGUGAAUUAUACGAACUCCCAUGGGAAAGCUUCAUGAUCUUCCAGAAAUCAUAUCCAUUUGAACAUAAACAACUCCAGUUAAAAUUAUAUGAAAUAUUACAUAAAGUACGACUAAUCAAAGAAUACAACGCUAAAUUCAAUCAAGUUGACGUUGAAAGAAAACGAAUGAUUUGGAUAAAACACCAAUUGCAUAACAUGAUGUCCUUUAAGUCUGAGAAGAACACUCAUGAGCAAACAAAUGUUUAUCUCAGACGUGAAAUAAUUGAUUGUGUCAAAGAUCAAAAACACAUCUUUCACACUCCUGAAUUCCUCGAUAGACUAGCAAUCAGAGAACGGACAUCCUCAGACGUUGAUCUGGUUUUUAUCAAGAACACAUGUCCUUGGAUUUUGAAAGCAGGAUCACCGAUUACUAAUCUCUGGGAGAAUUUGAUUGUUAUAAUAACAAUCAUCUGCUCUGUUGCGGUUUGUUAUGGAUUUUGUGUUGAAUACACUUAUAAUAUUGUUAUUAUUACAUUGGCGAGUCAAGUCCUCUUUGCUAUUGACCUUGUUGUUCAGAUAAUCACCCCGACUGAUUCUAAAAGUGAUGCUAGGACCAUGACAGCUGUUCUUUAUGAAAGACUUAAAACAAAAGGAUUCUUUUUGGAUAUAGCAUCAGUGCAUUAUUGGAGGAUGAUUGCUUUUGCGCUGGAUACUCAUAUGCCCUGGUAUGAUUUGUUUAAAUUGAUCAAAUUAUGGAGGGUAUGGAAGUAUUUUUCAACAUGGCGGGAGAGAUAUCUUGUGAAUAUGAUAUUUUUUACCAUUUUUGCUGGUUUUACGUUUUAUUUCGCGUUGAUUUAUGCUUUGAGUUGCUUUUUUAAAUUGACAGAGGUUACGGAUAGGUUAUGGUCAUCUGUAACUAUCCAAUUUGCAACUGGUGCUGGGCUACCCUUCCAAAAUAAGAAUCAAUAUUAUCCUACGUAUAGAUAUGCAUAUAUCUUCGCUAAUUUUUUGUCAUUGAUUGUGCAAUUGGGAGUCACCGCAAUGGUUUGUUCUUCGUUUUAUUUGCAAUACAUGGCGAAAGCAAAAAUUGUAAACACAAUCUUCUCAUUGGAAAAAUGGGUGUCAUUCAAAGAAAAUUAUUGGUUAUGGAUGCGUUUACAUGCUUAUUUUAAUGUCCUCAGACAGGAUAAUGAUGUAUUGUUAUCCGGAGGGAACGUAUCUGGAUUAUUUGAAUUGCCGAUAUAUUUUGAGAUAAUUAUGAAGAGUAAUGUUCAUUUUCAAGUCUUGAAAAAACUUCAAAUUUUCCAGUAUCUUCCGGAUGAAAUAAUAACGAAUUUAUUAAUGCACACAUCUUUGUUUACUGGUUAUAGACAUUCGAUUAUAAUCAGUCGUGGGAUAAUAUACGAAGAUAUUUAUGUUUUGAUUAAAGGAGAAUGUCGUACGUUGAUUAAUGGGAAUUAUCUUCAGACAAAAAUGUAUGAACCGCUAAACUUCAUAGAGUGUUGUUAUAAUUCACCAGCUGUGACCUCAACAGUUGCUUUAACAGAAUGUUUAAUUUUGAAAUUUAAUUAUAAUGAAUUCGUACGUUUAUUAUAUGAAAGUCGUAAGUAUUACCGGCAUUAUGAAGCUACUGUGAGACUUGCAAAAGAGGAAAAUCAAGAAGUGUUGACGAAACUCCUUUACGAUCCUAUAAUGAUUGUCAGAUCAAGAAAUAAGCGACCUUGUUUCAAAUUUUUCAAAUAUUUCGCCCGGAAGGAUUCUUAUGAAGAGUUUGAUUAUCAUGUGCCAUUUGAUAAAAUCCGCCCGUUUGAUUUUAUCAAAUAUUUCCUGAUGAGGACCACUUUUUACCCCGAAGGAACUUUUAUCAAGUAUUAUGAAGUUAUACGGUGUUUCAUCGCUUUUAUAGCUGCAUUUACCUUCACACUCCCAGCUAUUAACAUCGGAGCUUAUAUUAAAAGAAGCAGUGGUUAUACAAUUAUGUUAGCAUUGGAUGUUUUCGCCAUUUUGGAUAUUUACAUCCGGAUGCAUGUUGCCUACUACACACCAGAGGGCAUCUUGGUUACGCAUCCAUUACGCACAGCGAGAUAUUACAUGUCGCAUGGAUUUCUGGUUGAUUUCCUCGCUGUGUUUCCAUUUCAUGUAUUUCCGAUGAAAGUUCAAUACAGAGUUCUUCUUAAUGCUAUCCACGCUCUACAACUGCAUAGAUUGGCAGCGUUACGAUGGUAUUACUCAACGGAUAAUCGAUAUUAUGUGUUUAAUACCAUCACGAUGGUUUGUUAUGUGUUAUUCACGGCGAAUUUGAUAACUGCGAUGAUUUUUAUUUAUGAUUGUUAUACCUGGGAUGUGGAACAUCAAGCUCCGGUGUCAAACUGUAAAACUUUUAAAUAUGGCGACUUCCAGACACAUUUUCAUAUUUUAUUCUUGGUGAUGUCAUCAUUACAAUGUUCAGGAAUGACUGGAAAGAUCUACGUUGAUAAAGUCAAUGAUACCCUGGCGAUUAUCUUGUCUCUACUUACAAUUAUCGGAGUUGUGACGCAGAUUUUGUAUAAAGCUUACAUUUUUAGUUCGUUCUCAUCGAAAAUGAUUCGACAUUUGGAGUUUGUCGUUGGUGUUCGAAGACUUAUACGAUUGCUUGCGUAUGGAAGAGCUGAUACUAGAUAUCUGCGUAAGGAAGUCACGAAUUAUUAUGAUUUGUAUUGGGAGAGGGUUGCGUCGAGGAAUAUGUCUGAACUUACCAAGAAUAUGAUCACUGCAUUGAGGAGAGACAUGCUUUUUAAAUUCUACGGCGAUAACUUGGUUGUCUACUCUGUUUUUACAGAAAACCUAACAGACACAACGCUUUUCAUUAAAAACAUUUUCCUAGAAGCGACACCUAUGAUUAUGCCGAAGAAUGGUUAUGUUAUAACCAUAAACGACAUCGAGAAAGAUAUCUACUUAUUGAAUAGCGGAUCAUUGGAUGUGAUCUCUGCUGAUGGGGUUAAAAUGCGUGAGUUGACUGCUGGCGCCAUCUUUGGAAACUUUAGCGGAGCGGAAUACACCCGAAUGAAGAUUUCUAUAGUGGCGAAUGUUAACACUGAGCUAGUCUAUCUGUCAAGUAAAAAUUUCUUCAAAAUAACCUCUUACUUUCCGAAAAUUCAAGAACGAGCUGAACACUUUAUAAAAAUGAAUAUUUUUUACAUUGAAAGCACGAAACCUGUUGAACCUCACUUGACAAUGACAGUUGAUGAAUAUGUCCGUGCAGUUACCAAAUAUUCCUUCUUCCGGAUUAUAAACUACAUACAUUUAUUCUACGUGUGUUACCUUGGAACUUGUCUGGAAUUUUAUCAAAUAGCAGUUGGAGAAAUACGCGGUUUUUAUUUAUUCAUUCAAUAUUCAAUGGAUAUGAUACACAUUCUCCGAGAAUAUUUGAAAUUUUGUUUGCCAUACAAAGAUGAACACAAAGCGCCGAUAUCAGACAAGAAAAAGAUUACUGCAUUGCGGGUUGCAAACAAACCAGAACUCUACAUCAUGAUUUUAACUGUCAUUUAUUUGGAUCUGUUGAUUGUGUUGCCUAUAUUACUCUUUGGAAGAUAUGAACUAAGUUCUUUCAGUAAAACCUUUUCAUUUUUACGAUUGAAUCGUCUAUUGAGGAUCUAUUACAUCCGAGCAGCUUAUGCAGAGAAUCAAAAACGUUUGUCACAGAAUUCUUCGAAUUUGAUGAAAUGGUUUUAUGUGAUUUACUGGUUUUUAUUGAGUUAUCAAUUCAUUGCUACUGCAAGCCUAGUUUUGGAUUCUUUUACGACAAUAAAGAAACACAAUUUAAUCCAUAAUCUACCCCCUGAUAAGGUACGUAACGUCAGGAAUUUACCCCCAGCUGAAAAAUUCGAAAUUUAUUGGAGAUACAUUUUCUUCUCAAAUUUAAUUCACAUCAACACAACUGAUAAAUUUUACGGACCUAGCAAUCUAACUUUCAACAUUUUUAUUAUUGUGUUGUACAUGUAUCGAUUGGUGGUGGAUUCGCUGCUUUUAUGUAAAUUCUUCGAAGCUAUAGUGGACAUUGCAGUUUUACGUCGAAUAUACCUCAAAGCAUCAAGUUUCCUAAAGUUUUACAUGGAUCAUUCUUACGGGACAUUGAUAGUGAAACGCAGAGUGCUUUUAAAUGCGAAAUUUGUAUGGACUAAGAACUAUUACAGAAGUGAUUUGUUAGUUAAUGAUGUCUGUGCAAGAUAUCUUAAAGAAGUGAUUAUAAAUCACAUGUAUGGAUAUUUAUUACGAAGACACCCUGUAUUAUCACACACGCAUAUGGAUUUCAUACGGCAAUUGAGUAGUCAUCUACAGAAAGUAUUCUAUCCUAUUAAUUGUGUGGUUAUUUAUCGAAAAUCAGCAAGGAAAUGUAUGUUCUUCAUACAUAAAGGAUCAGUCUCUGCUUAUGAUGUGGAUUUUGGUUAUCGUGACAUCGCUCUGGACAAUUUAUCAAAAGGAGAUUCGUUUGGCUUUCUACAAGGGUUAACCCUGGAGAAUUCUUUGUAUGAUUACACGUAUAUUACAUCUACACAUUGUGAGAUUCUGGAAUUGGAAUGGGAUUCAUGGUGUUAUUUACUCGAACAUUUUCCUGCUACAAAAGAAUAUAUUUUUGAAGCUGCUAAGACUUAUAAAGCUCCUACAUCUUUAAAAGUUUUGGGUAAAGAAGUCAAAAAAGAUUAUUGGUGA